AUGGAUGAGGAACUUUCUGCUUUGCAUAAGAUAGAUACUUGGGAUCUGGUUCCUCCACUUCUUGGUAAGAGUGUUGUUGGUUGUCGUUGGGUGUAUAAGAUCAAGACCAAUUCUGAUAGGUCUAUUGAGCGAUACAAAGCUAGGUUGCUUGAUGUUAAAAAUGCCUUCUUAAAUGAAGAUCUUCAAGAAGAAGUUUAUAUGGCACUCCCUUCUGGUAUUUCACAUGACUCUGAAUAUGUUUAUCUCUUUUUUGAGGAUUCUGGUAAUGAUACCUCUCCUCAUGUUCAAUCAAUUUGUACUCAUAACUCUGCAAGUACUGAGGCAAUUCUUGAUCCAUUUUGGCAGCAAGCUAUGGAUGAGGAACUUUCUGCUUUGCAUAAGAUAGAUACUUGGGAUCUGGUUCCUCCACUUCCUGGUAAGAGUGUUGUUGGUUGUCGUUGGGUGUAUAAGAUCAAGACCAAUUCUGAUAGGUCUAUUGAGCGAUACAAAGCUAGGUUGCUUGAUGUUAAAAAUGCCUUCUUAAAUGAAGAUCUUCAAGAAGAAGUUUAUAUGGCACUCCCUUCUGGUCAUAUCAUUCUAUCUUUAUAUGUUGAUGGCAUGAUUAUUAUUGGUGAUAACAUUGAUGAUAUUCUUGAGCGGGCUAGACUUCUUGAUAACAAAACUGUAGAUAUUCCUAUUGAGGUUAACGCGAGGUACUCUUCUGCUGAUGGUUUACCUUUGAUAGAUCUUACUUUAUAUCGCACUAUUGUUGGGAGUUUGGUAUAUCUAACAAUAACUCGCUCAGAUAUUGCACAUGUUCAUGUUGUUAAUCAGUUUGUUAUUUCUCCUACUACUAUUCACUAUUAG